AUGAAGUUUUCUUUCGCAGCCGCCGCGCUGUUCGCGGCCACUGCUGUCGCGGAAGUUGACCCUAUCGUUAUCAAGGGCAGCAAGUUCUUCUACAAGACCAAUGGCACACAAUUCUAUAUGCGUGGUGUUGCCUACCAGCAAGGUGUUGGUGCCGCUGGCUCGACUAACUCCAGCUCUGAUUACACGGAUCCUUUGGCCGACAGCACGUCGUGCAAGCGCGAUAUCGAGUACCUGAAGAAGCUGCGGACCAACACCAUCCGUGUGUACGCCAUCGACCCCACCAAGGACCACAAGGAGUGCAUGACCGCUCUCCAGGAUGCCGGUAUCUACGUCGUCGCCGACUUGUCCGAGCCUAAGACGUCCAUCAACCGCGAGGAUGCUGAGUGGAACACGCCUCUCUUCGAGCGUUACGCCUCCGUAAUCGAUGAGAUGCAGCAAUACAGCAACACCCUUGGCUUCUUUGCCGGUAACGAGGUUUCCAACCAGAAGAACAACACCUUCGCUAGUGCAUUCGUUAAGGCCGCUGUCCGCGACUCCAAAUCAUACAUCAAAAGCAAGGGCUACCGCACCAUCGGUGUUGGCUAUGCCACGAACGACGACGCCGACAUCCGCGAGAACCUCGCCAACUACUUUGACUGUGGUGACAGCGCAGAAUCUAUCGACUUCUGGGGCUACAACAUCUACUCUUGGUGCGGCGACUCAUCUUUCACCAAGUCUGGCUUCGAUGUGCGUACCAAGGAGUUCGAGAGCUAUAACGUCCCCGUGUUCUUUGCCGAGUACGGUUGUAACGAAGUCCGUCCCCGUCUGUUCACGGAGGUAGAGGCUCUCUACGGCUCACAGAUGAACGAUGUCUGGUCUGGAGGUAUCGUCUACAUGUUCCACGAAGAGGAGAACAAGUUCGGUCUCGCUACCGUUAGCGGCGGCAAGGUCACCACCAACAAGGACUUCGACAAUCUUUCCAAGGAGAUUGCUAAGGCUACACCCACUGGCGUUAAGAUGGCCAACUACAACCCUACCAACACUGCCGCCGCCAAGUGUCCCUCCGUUAACAGCAACUGGGGCGCUCCUUCCGACCCUCUCCCUCCUGUCGUCAACGUCCAGGCUUGCACGUGCAUGAUGGAUACCAUCUCAUGCGGCGUUUCCGAUUCCGUCAAGACCGACGAGGACGUCGGCUCUCUCUUCGGUGUUGUGUGCGGCAUGAAGGAGGGCGAGUACUGCGCUGGUAUCAACCGCAACGCCACCAAGGGCCCUUACGGCGCGUACGGCAUGUGCCAGCCCAAGGAGCAGCUCGCCUUCGCGCUGAACGCCUACUACAAGGCCCAGAACAAGGCCGCCAAUGCCUGCGACUUCAAGGGUUCCGCUACCCUCAAGCAGGCCGCUGCUACCACCGCUGCUGCUUGCGAUUCUCUCCUCAAACAGGCCGGCGAGGGCGGGACCGGCACCCUCACCGGUGGAGCCGCGCUCGCUACCGGCGGUAGCUCAUCAAAGUCUGGCAGCCAGGGCGCUGCGGCCGGUGGCCUGACCGUGUCCCACGUCUCAGUCGGCUACUUUGGCAUCGCGACCUAUAUCCUCGGCGCCAUCGCCUCGGGCGCGGCCAUGAUCUUGCUGUAA